GGCUGGCUGCUCGCUCAGUGAAGCAACACGCUCUGCUAUAAAUACUUGAAUCGUAUCCGAGGCUCUGCUGGCAGCUCGCUGUCUGGACUCACUUACCGUCCCGGGGACACUCGCACAUCCACGCUGUGGACGCUGUGUGUUCGAGCUGCAGACGUAGAGACCUGGUGGAUUUGAUUUUCACAGCUCUGUGGGGCGCUUCCACCACAGUUUUUUCUCUCGUGUGGGAGGAUUUCUUUGACCCUGAGGAGUCUGUGUUUUUGGACUGAGCAGCUAUGGGAGACUUUUGGGGGGACAUUGCCAGUCAGAGGGUGGCCCGGGCCAUGUCUCUGGGGAACGAUGAAGAGGCCGUGCUGGACCAGGGCAAGACCAGCUCCACCCUUUACACCAACUUUGAGAAAGAGGAACUGGAGAGUCACAGGGCGGUGUACGUUGGCGUGCACGUUCCGCUGGGCCGCCAGAGCCGGAGAAGACACCGUCACCGCGGACAUCGACAUCACAGGAAGCGAAGAGAGCGCUCGGAUCGGGAGGACGGGCGAGAGUCGCCGUCAUACGACACGCCGUCUCAGAGGGUCCAGUUCAUCCUCGGCACCGAGGACGACGACGAGGAGCACAUCCCCCACGACCUGUUCACCGAGCUGGACGAGCUCGCCUUCAAAGACGGAGACCUGCAGGAGUGGAAGGAGACAGCCAGGUGGCUGAAGUUUGAGGAGGAUGUUGAGGACGGCGGCGAGCGCUGGAGCAAACCCUAUGUGGCGACGCUGUCGCUGCACAGCCUGUUCGAGCUGCGCUCCUGCAUCCUGAACGGCACCGUGCUGCUCGACAUGAGAGCCAGCUCCAUCGAGGAGAUUGCAGACAUGGUGAUCGACAGCAUGCUGGCGUCCGGUCAGCUGGAGGAGGGCGCGCAGGAGAAGGUGAGGGAGGCCAUGCUGAGGCGCCACCACCAUCAGAACGAGAAGAAGCUGAGCAACCGCAUCCCACUGGUCCGAUCCUUUGCCGACAUAGGCAAGAAAUACUCGGAGCCAAAUUUACUGGAACGCAACGGGGAGGGUCUGUCCUCCUCUCGUCUCUCUCUCCUCCGUCGUUGCUCCAUGGGCUCCUUCGACCUCUCCACCCUCCCCCCCUCUGCGAGGACCCCAAGCCCGUUCGGGCACCUCCUCCCCGGCUCCGCCUCCUCGUCGCAGACCAACCUCUCUCUGUACCGUUACGGCCGCCACCUCUCCGAACCCAGCCAGCCUCACGGACUCGCCCUUCCCGUCCCCACUGGCUCUCCACGCCGCUCCUCUGCUCCCGUGGGGCUCCCCAAGGUGGUGGUGCACCCCCCAGAAGAGGAGGAAGAGGAGGUGUUCCACCUGGGAGAUGAAGAUGACACUGGUCUGCUGGCGUCGCCUCAGUCGGCCCCCGGAAACCUCGACAAUAACAAAAACGGCGAGAGUCGCGGCAACGGCGGCAAUGGCAGCCGGGAGAACAGCACGGUGGACUUCAGCAAGGACUGCGACUGCGUUUGUUUGCUGCCAGCGGCCGGCAGGAAGCCCGCAGUGGACAUGAACUUCAUGAAGAAGAUUCCUCCGGGAGCCGAGGCCUCCAACGUCCUGGUGGGUGAAGUGGACUUCCUGGAGCGGCCCAUCAUCGCCUUCGUCCGGCUCUGCCCCGCCGUGCUGCUGACCGGCCUCACCGAAGUCCCGGUGCCCACCAGGUUUCUCUUCCUGCUGCUCGGUCCGUUUGGAAAAGGUCCGCAGUACCACGAGAUCGGGCGCUCCAUCGCCACGCUGAUGACAGACGAGGUUUUCCACGACGUGGCGUACAAGGCGAGGGACCGCAACGACCUGCUGUCGGGGAUCGACGAGUUCCUGGAUCAGGUCACCGUGCUGCCGCCGGGCGAAUGGGACCCCAGCAUCCGCAUCGAGCCCCCGAAGAGCGUCCCGUCUCAGGAGAAGAGAAAGAUACCGUCCUUCCCCAAUGGCUCCGCCCACAGCUCUGAGAUGGGCAAGGAGGCGGAGCAUCACGCGGGACCAGAGCUGCAGAGGACGGGGAGGAUUUUUGGCGGUUUGGUGAACGACGUUCGGAGGAAGGCGCCGUUCUACUGGAGCGACAUCAGAGACGCCGUGAGCCUGCAGUGCCUGGCCUCCAUCCUCUUCCUGUACUGCGCCUGCAUGUCGCCCGUCAUCACCUUCGGAGGUCUGCUCGGGGAGGCCACCAAAGGGAGCAUAAGUGCCAUUGAGUCGCUGUUUGGCGCGUCUCUGACAGGCGUGGCCUACUCUCUGUUCGCCGGGCAGCCUCUCACCAUCCUGGGCAGCACGGGCCCGGUUCUGGUCUUUGAGAAGAUCCUCUUCAAGUUCUGCAGUCAGUACCAUCUGUCCUACCUGCACCUGAGGACCAGCAUCGGACUCUGGACCGCCUUCCUGUGCCUCCUGCUGGUCGCCACGGACGCCAGCUCUCUGGUCUGCUACAUCACCCGCUUCACCGAGGAGGCCUUCGCCGCGCUCAUCUGCAUCAUCUUCAUCUACGAGGCGCUGGAGAAGCUGGUCCGCCUCGGGGAGCUCUACCCCAUCAACAUGCACAACCAGCUGGACAACCUGACCUUCUACAGGUGUCAGUGUGCUCCACCCGCCAACGCCUCGGCCGAAGUCCUGGGUGUGUGGAGCAAAAAGAACGUGACCCCAGAAAACAUCACCUGGGAUCAGCUGAGCUCGAAGACGUGCAAGGAACUCAUGGGGGAGCUGGUCGGCCCGGCGUGCAGCCACAGCGGUCCCUACGUCCCCGACGUCCUCUUCUGGUCCGUCAUCCUCUUCUUCACCACCUUCUUCCUCUCCUCCUUCCUCAAACAGUUCAAGACUAAGAGAUACUUCCCCACCAAGGUUCGAUCGACCAUCAGCGACUUCGCCGUCUUCCUCACCAUCAUGAUCAUGGUGCUGGUGGAUUAUCUGGUGGGAGUUCCUUCACCCAAACUCAACGUGCCCGACCGCUUCAAGCCCACGUCUGAAAAUCGGGGGUGGCUGAUUUCCCCGCUGGGCCCGAACCCGUGGUGGACGCUGCUGGCCGCCGCCGUCCCCGCGCUGCUCUGCACCAUCCUCAUCUUCAUGGACCAGCAGAUCACCGCCGUCAUCAUCAACAGGAAGGAGAACAAGCUGAAGAAAGGGUGUGGCUAUCACCUGGACCUGCUGGUGGUGGCGGUGAUGCUGGGCGUGUGCUCCAUCAUGGGCCUGCCGUGGUUCGUGGCAGCGACGGUGCUCUCCAUCUCCCACGUCAACAGCCUGAAGCUGGAGUCAGAGUGCGCGGCGCCCGGCGAGCAGCCCAAGUUCCUCGGCAUCAGAGAGCAGCGCGUGACCGGCUUCAUGAUCUUCUUCCUGAUGGGCUGCUCUGUCUUCAUGACCUCCGUCCUGAAGUUCAUCCCGAUGCCCGUCCUGUACGGCGUGUUCCUCUACAUGGGCGUGUCCUCGCUCAAAGGCAUCCAGCUCUUUGACCGCAUCAAACUGUUCGGCAUGCCGGCCAAACACCAGCCCGACCUGAUCUACCUGCGCUACGUGCCGCUGUGGAAGGUGCACGUCUUCACCGCGGUGCAGCUGUCCUGCCUCAUCGCGCUGUGGGCCAUCAAAGCCUCGCCCGCCGCCGUCAUCUUCCCCAUGAUGGUUCUCGCUCUGGUUUUCAUCCGGAAGCUUCUGGAUUUCUGCUUCACCAAGAGAGAGCUGAGCUGGCUGGACGACCUGAUCCCCGAGAGCAAGAAGAAGAAGGAGGACGACAAGAAGAAGAAGGAGAAGGAGGACGCUCGGCGGAUGCUGGAGGAGGUGGAGGAGGAGCUGCCGUACGACAGAGGAGGGGUCCUCAAUUUCCCGAUCAAAAACCUGAAAAAACGCGACCCGUCAGAGGUGAACAUCUCUGAUGAAAUGGCCAAAAGCGGCAUCUGGAAGUCUGUUUCCAAAAACUCCGACAGCGGCAAAGCUCUGAGGCGCACCUUCAGCCACGACAAGCUGCCGAGCGUCCAGAUAAACGUGGAGAACGAGGACGGGCAAAGGGUCGUGAACGCCGAGACGUCGCUAUGAUCCACCGCCCCGGGGCAGGAGGGUGAGGCGGGGGCGCUGCAGCUCCUCCGCGUGCUCUGAGGGAGGCGAAAGGUCGCGGGGGGACCAAUCGGGCUUCACCUGAGCGUGCCGUACUUCUGACUGCGUUGUCUCGGACGAGGCGAACGUUUUAUUUUCUCAUCGUUUUAAGGUGAAACAUGAGACUCCACUUCUGGAAACGGCUUCCUCAGGUUUCUUCUGCUGCCGUUUUUAUUUUUGUUUUGUUUUUUAACUCGGGCGGUCUGUGAUUGGCUGCCGAAGCAUCAAACUGAAAAAGAAAGGAGGAAAAAACGGACGCCUGAGUCUCUCCGGACGGAUGUCGUGAGAAAUUUUAAUUUCAUGGUUUGAACUUUUGUUUCAGUGUUUGUGAAACGGGCGAAGCGCCGACACGUUUUUAUUUAAUCCAUCAUGCUGAUUUAGGUUUUUUAUGUGUGUGCGUGUGUGUGUGUGUGUGCGUGCGCGCGUGUGUGUGUGGUCUCUGUUGUACAGCACCUGGUUGCCUGCAGCAGAAAAAAUGAAUGAUGUCACAGCUGCUGUUGUCGUAGUUUCUUUGUAAAGUUUAAUAAAUCAGUUUGGUGGCGACGA